AUGACAGAUGAGCUGAGCGAGUGCAUUCAGAAAAUCGACUUAAAAGACAGUAAAAGCGACGACGAGUCAACUUCAAGCUCGUCUUCGAGUUCUGGCGGUGAAUUGGCGAAUGAAUUUGAAAUUGAAGAUGUCGAAGCAUUAUUGAAAGAAGGGAAGGUGAAGAAUAUCGUGAUGGUGGUUGGAGCGGGAAUAAGCACUUCCGCGGGAAUUCCAGAUUUCAGAACGCCAGGAACUGGGCUUUACAGCAAUCUGGAGCGAUACAACCUCCCUUACCCAGAAGCUGUAUUCGACAUCAAGUACUUCAAGAAAAGACCGCAAGCCUUUUACACCCUCUCCAAAGAACUCCUACCUGGUCUCUAUGCUCCAACUAUCACUCAUCACUUCAUCGCUCAACUCGGCAAACUUGGCAUUUUGAAAAGAAUCUAUUCGCAGAAUAUCGACGGUCUUGAGCGAUUAGCCGGUUUAGAGGAAGAAAAGCUGGUCGAAGCGCACGGAUCUUUCGCCAGUUCGAGAUGCACUAGAUGCAAGAAAGUGUACCCAAAUUCCGAAGUGCAUCCUAUGCUCCGAGCUGGCACAGUAAUGGAAUGCACAUCUUGUGAGGACAGAAAUGACCGCGCCUAUGUGAAGCCUGACAUCGUCUUCUUUGGGGAAGGUCUUCCAGACAGGUUUCAUGAUUUGCUAAACGAUGAUUUGGAGGAAUGCGAUUUGAUGAUUGUGAUGGGUACUUCAUUGUAUGUCUAUCCAGUCGGGGGAAUCCCAGAUGGGGUUGGCAACGACUGCCCGAGGAUUUUGAUCAACAGGGAGCUCGUUGGAAGCUUCAAGGAGGACAGGAGGAGAACUGCUGAUGCAUUCUAUUGCGGCAACGCUGAUGAUGGUGCCCUGAGACUCGCAAAAGCACUUGGAGUGGAAGAAGAAGUGAAGGAAUCGUACAAAAAUUUGAAGGCUUCAAUUGACAAGAAACGAGAAGAAAUCAAUAAUAAUUGA